CGGUUUUCCAUUUUGUUUGUUGACCCACUCAGUACUCACCCCUAUUUACGAUGCGGAGUCUCCCGUCUUCUCCAUUCUAAAACCCUAAUUCUAAUUCUUCCUUUCGGCACUCAUCUACAGUAUCGUCGAAAGGGAUAAAAUGAGUAGCCGUGCCAGCAGGACUGUCUAUGUGGGCAAUCUGCCUGGAGAUAUCCGGGAGAGGGAAGUGGAGGAUUUGUUCUACAAGUUUGGACAUAUUGCUCACAUUGAUUUGAAGGUUCCACCCAGGCCUCCGGGCUAUGCUUUUGUGGAGUUUGAAGAUGCUCGUGAUGCUGAAGAUGCUAUUCGUGGUCGCGAUGGGUACGACUUUGACGGGCAUCGCUUGAGGGUAGAACUUGCACAUGGGGGUCGUGGGAAUUCCUCAUCAGACCGUCACAGCAGUCACGGUGGUGGUCGGGGGCGUGGUGUAUCUAGACGAUCUGAAUUUCGUGUAUUGAUCUCUGGCUUACCAUCUUCCGCUUCAUGGCAAGACCUCAAGGAUCACAUGAGGCGAGCUGGCGAUGUCUGUUUUUCCCAGGUGUUCCGUGAUGACAAUGGCACUACAGGUAUUGUGGAUUAUACGAAUUAUGAAGACAUGAAGUAUGCAAUCAAGAAACUCGAUGACUCGGAGUUUCGAAAUGCCUUUUCCCGUUCGUAUGUUCGGGUAAGGGAGUACGACUCCAAGAGAGACUUCUCUAGGAGUCCUAGUCGUGGUAGAUCUCGUUCACGAGGUCCUAGCAGAAGCAGAAGCCGCAGCCGUGCUCGCAGUUUGAGUCGGAGUCUGAGGUCUCUCAAGUCGCCUAAGAAUAAAUCCUCUCGUCAUUCUCCAGCCAGAUCCAAGUCAAGGUCACGCUCUUUGUCCAGCCAUCUGGGAAUUGGAUCUUAGGAUCUUGAUGGAUAUGGUUCAGUUCCCUCGUCAUUUUUGGGGUUUUAGAGAUUGGGACAAAAGGAGAUAAUGGAUUGCAAUAGUAGAGCUGGAACUAACUGCCAGUGGAUCUGGAAGUCACCAGCAAUGGGCAGUGGAAACAAAAUUGAUUAUGCUUUUCUACUUCAACAUUUGCCAGGCUAAUAGGAUUUGCUAGUUGGACUACUAGUGGAUUUUUGGUACAGUUGGAUGCAUAUGCUUUUGGCAUGUCCAACAAACUAAAAAAGGCCACGUUGCUGACGGUGGCAUCAAGGCUCUUGGAUCACAGUAGUUAACAGGAACGUGUGGAAUUUAAAUUUUGGAUUGUUUGUGGGACUUUUUGCAGAUCAAGGUCCAGAUCCAGAUCUCCAGUUCCACCUCACGUGAGUAAAAGCCCGAAGAAGCGGAGUGUUAGCAGGAGUCCUAGUGGCAGCAGGAGCCGUAGCAGAAGCAAGAGUUUGUCCCGGUAAAAGGGUUGGUGCUUUGCACUUCAUCUGUCGUUCUGUUCGGUGCCAUAUUCUGGAGACUAUCAAGUGGAUCUUGUAACAGACAUGGAUGGGUAUCAAGAGAUUGGUCUAAAUGUUCCAUUUUGUGCAACCUUUGAAGCUUUAUGUCGGACUGGAACCUUUUUGUAAGCCAGACAUAAGUUCAUUUAUUGCUUGCCGAUUCCCAGUAGCUACUCGAAGUGGAAAUCUAUGUAAGGGGAAUGAUGAGUAUCCCUUAUUUUUCUGUGGUUUGUGCAAUCUAACUGAAAAAUAGCGGCAACUAUGGCAUGGUAAUCAUUUUGUUUUCUGAAGUAAACCUAUAUGUAAUGAUGGCAAUAUGAACUCAUUUCGCGGGUAUUAUCUGACUAGCUAUAGGGC